AUGAGACGACUAGAAGCCAGCAAGCAAAGUGCAUCCAAGAAACCACAGGCUAAAGCCAAAGAGCCUCCAAAGCAUCGGGAAGCACUUCCUUCUACAGGCCCUAACGGGGCGGAGAGCUCUUCCACGUGGGAGGAGGAUCCGUUUGAACUGGACGUUCUCGAGGAAUCAUUCUCAGACUCUCCCCCGGCAGGGGAGUCCCAGACGGAAGAGAGUGAACCCUCGGUCAAUCGACGUAGUCUCGAGGCACCCCAAACGGAAGAGGGUGAACCCUCUGUAAAUCGGCGGGGUCCCCAGGAAGCUGGGCCUGCGCUUCCAGCUAAUCCAGUCCCUUCCGGAGGGGACGAAGCUGGGCCAUCUGUCUCCUAUCCCGACAGAAGGGAUGAAAUGAUUGGGGGGGAUAGCGUGGAGGCGAUAGAACGCCGCCUUCUGGCUCGAUUUGCUUAUCCCUUAUACUCGGACAUCCAAUUAGCCCACAUUCAAGCCGAAGACCUCUUCGAGGUCAAGGUAGGGAUUGUGAAGGUAAUGGCUGGCCUUGCGCUGGCAAAACAAGGGUAG